AUGUCCCGCCCUUCCACGCCUCCUCCCCGCGUCGCUGCACCUGCGGCAGUUCCCAUUACUCCCCCACCGCGACCGGGAGUGACAGAGCGAAACGUCGCCCUGACCCCUGAGCAGGUAAAGCAGGUCGAGAUCAACCGGCUGAAAGCCAAGGCACGGUUAAAGAAGAGCGAACGUCAACGUUCUGAAGCUGGUCCUUCGACUACCCCGAACUCGAACAACAAGCGGCCUCUUACUGUCACUCCAUGGAAUUCGACCUCUCCGACUGUGCCGUCAAAGUUCCAGGGACCGUCGACCUCCAAGCCCGAGGCACCUCUUCCCCGGGACUCCUGGCUCGGUACAUACUACGAGUAUGACCUGAGCAAGAUGGUCAACACCAAGGGAGGGUUCUUGACAGAGGCGGAGAAGGGAGAGGCAGAGAAGGCGCAGGAGACGAGGCGGAAGGAGCUGGAGAGAGAGAGAGAGAGGAUGAAGCAGAAUUUCGAUCCGCCGGUGUUUAUGAACGCGAGCAAGAAUCCACGAUGUGAGCAGUGUGGGACGAUCGAUAUCGACCACCAGUAUAACAAAGUGUAUGGCGUGCGAGUGUGUGCACAGUGCAAGGACAAGUUCCCCGAGCUGUAUAGUCUAUUGACCAAGACCGAGUGCAAGGCCGAUUACCUGCUUACAGACUCUGAGCUCCGAGAUGAAACGGCGAUGCCCCACCUCCUCAAAGCGAAUCCCCAUAGCGCAACAUAUAAUAAUAUGAUGCUCUUUUUGCGCAAGCAAGUGGAAGCGUUCGCGUGGGAGAAAUGGGGUGGGCCGAAGGGGUUGGACGCAGAGUGGGCGCGGAGAGAAGAGGGGAAAAAGGCAAAAAGAGGAAAGAAGUUCGAGGAGAAACUCCGGGAACUGAGGAGAAGAACGAGAGGGAACGUUUGGCAGAAAAGGAAGGAUCAAGAACAUAAGCAUGUGUUUGGUUUGGUGGUAGAGGGUGAGCAGAGAUGUGAGGAAUGUGGAUUCAAGGUCGAGGUUGAGGAGCUGUGA